UUGUUGAACACUAGGUGCUGCAAAAGCAAAACACCAAAACUCACGGGCUCUUUCUUCAGAGAACGGACACAGCUUCUGCUGCGCCUGUGUCUGUCUGUGUCUGCAUGCACUAAAGAGAACCAUCAACUCGGGGACUGGAUUUACAGUUAUACAUCCACAAACUAAACCGUCUGGAAUCUAUCAAUCUAUCAGGCAAAUGACGGGGGGAUUUUUUCAAGAGAGACUCCAAGGGCGCAAGGCACCUGUCAACAGCAUCUAACUCUGCUCGGUAAAUCUGCUCGAGCCAUUCUUAGUGCCAUCAGAUACCGCCACACUGAACACCCUCACCUCUCCCCAGAACUGAAAGGAGAGAGGGAUAGUCGAGAGAGGGGAAAGGGAAGAAGGAAAGAGAGAUAGAAAUAUGAACUAUUCUGUACCAGGAGCUAGAAUUCUCAUUUUACUAAAACAUUGGCAUGGCAACCACGGGCAUCAACAGGCUACAUAUCCUACCGCCCUGACUAUUUAACCGACCCUCAGUGCAUUACUCAUGCUUCCUUCUGUAAGCAGCCUGAAGAAUUCAUUUAACAAUAAAGAAGAAACCUUUUUUAUUGAAGUUCCAUUUUCCCUGAGGAGUAGCUGAAUAUCCUCCCCUCGACCUAGUUCCGACUCGGACUGAGAGGAGGGACACUUAACUCUCUGCUCACCUGGUGAAGAGUCCGGUGAACCGGACCGACCAACGUCCGCACACACUCAAGACCGCUGCGCAUGGGGGAUUGCGGUCCCACGAGGUCGGAUGUCGUGCAGCACGUGUUAUUACCUGGUCAUCAGCUCCACACACCUGAGCAACGGCCACUUCCGGCGUGUAAAGGGUGUCUUCAGGGGACCGCUCUGUCGCACGGCCUCCAGCCAAUCACCGGAUCAUGGUGAGAGUGCAGCAGGUACAGUGGAGGAUGAUGGGAAGUCGAGUUUCUUCUGCCAGCUGUGUGAGAAACAGUACCUGAGACACCAAGAGUAUGACAACCACAUCAACUCCUACGACCACGCACACAGACAGAGACUGAAGGAGUUGAAGCAGAGGGAGUUUGCUCGGAACGUUGCGUCUAAGUCGUGGAAGGACGACCGCAAGCAGGAGAGAGCUCUGAGACGCCUGCACCAACUAGCACUGCUACGACAACAGACACACAGGGUACCGGGCCAGGUUGUUAGGUUCCAAGGGACAGUGAGAGCUGAGAUCCAGCAUUCAGAGAGACACUGUGGAGAGAGAGACUACAAACCAGGGGACCACUAUGUCCCCUUGACCCAAACAGGGUUAAUCCAAACCACAGGGAACUCCCAGCGACCCGCUGUUACCGUACCUCCAACCCAGCCCCAGACCAUCCCACUCAGCCUCCAGGGAAAGGACUCCCCCCAUCUCCAGACCAAGUCUCUCUCCCCCUCCCAGCCCCAGCGGCCAGAGGACCCUACCCACAUACCCAUCUUCCCUGGAGGGCCCUUCCAUGCCUCCCCACCCCUAGCCUUGCUUUCCAGAUGUGGAUCUUCUCUGGAGGAUCCCCAGCCUCGCCUGAACAACUCUCCCCAGGAUCCUGCCUUUCCGUGGGGCAGAGACAGGGGAAGGGUGGGGGUCUCCUUCUGUUUCUCCAGGAGGGGCCCAAGACUAGAGCCAUCUGCCUCCGUCUUCUCAGACCAGCAAGAGGAGGAGGGGAGAGGAGGAGGAGGAGGAGGGCAGAUGAAGGAGAAGGAAAGGGGAGGAGAUGAACUAUGGCUGCGUCACCCAGACAACCUGUUAGUAGGGCAACCAACCAACAGCCUUCACCCCGGAAACAAGACAGAACCCCCAGGUGGGGAAGAGGGGGAGGAGAGAAGAGAGAAGAGAGGAGGGGAGGAGAGAGACAGGUUCUCUGCUAGCCAUGACCCAGGCUGUCCUACCCACAAUGCCAGACUGAGAGAAACAGACCAGAGCCAUGUACACAGGACAGCAGAUAAGAGGGAGGAGGGGGAAGAGAGGGAGGAGAGGAACAGGGGUACAGAGCACAGACACGAGGUGAAUCAGACUCCUAUGUCUGACUCCUAUCUCCAUGUGGUUGCCAGAGACGGAUCCACCAGUCUGAGAUGGCCAGCAGAACUGCUGCAGUUUACCACUGCCAAACCCCACCUCUCCUACAGCUGUAAGCCCACACACUGGCAACGCCACACCAACCCACUACACUGUAACCCUGAACACAACCACAACCACUGUCAAACCAAGUCACGCUGUAACCACUCAGCAAGCCAGCGGGAGACAGAGAAACACACAGAGGAGUCCGACUCCCUCAUGUUCUCUAGCUCCCAGCCUCCUCCUCAGGACACAGAAAAUGUAGAAUCCAAUACAGAUCUAUAUACAGAGACAGGCGGGACAGAUGAGGGAGCCAAACACUCAUCAUCCUGUCACGUUGUGGAGAAGACAGAAGCACAUGGAGUGACAGCAGCCUUCCAGGCAGAAGCUACAGUGCCAGGGAGUGGAGGUGAAUCUGGGUUCAGAUGGCACCACCCCCUCUUCGGGAAUGGUGACCCCCUUCGCGGUGACAACACGCACACAAACCCCCACAAUCCCCAAAGAGGCAGAUUAGGAGGACAUGUGAGACAGGAGAGAGAUCGAGCCGUCAGAACCCCCAGGCCUAAAUUAGAGGCUGUCAUCCAGCCUUGCGCUGCCGUUUGUGUGUGUGCAAGCGAGGUUAGAUGUGUGUGUACACACACUGCCAGCUCACGCACACACUCCGUGGGCGGUUCAGUAAGCACUUCGACAGAUGUGUCAUGCCGAAAUUUAAACGACAGCACAAAGAAGAAGAGGAGGAGAGGGGAAAGGUAUAAUGGGACUUCAAACAAGUGCGAGGGAGAGCGGCAGCGUCUUAGGAGCGUCAUAACCUCUGUUUCCACCUGGUGGGGCGGAAAGAGGAGAUGUGAGGGAGACAGAGGGGGAGAAGGAGACAGGGAAAUAGAGCGGGAGAGAGAGACAGGUGGAAAGAGGAGAAGAAAGGCAGGGGGGAAGAGGAGGAGGAGGGGUGGGACUCUGUGCCUGCUGGGGGAGUGUGACUCGGAGUCUGUGCCCUGCUCUGACAGACAGAGGCCUCACAGGAGUCACAGUAGAGACCAACAUCACUACAACUAUAACUCUGCCUCCCCGUUCAAACCAGCACCAAGAGUCACAGAGAGGACAGAGUACUACAGCACAGAGUCUCAGCUGUAUAGAGAGAUAGAGAGAGAGAGAUAUGGAGAGGUGGAGAGAGGAGAAAGGCAGGGAUGGCCUUUCUACUGGAGUUCAGACUCCUCUCUGUGUUCUACUUCCGGGUCGCCCUGGGAAAAGGCUCACAACCUCCCAGUGGCAUAUGGUGGUCUCCACGGUUGCAGCGGGGGCUACCCAGUCUACAGUCGCCAUGCCAACAUCCAUGGUAGCAAUAUUUCCUGUAGCCCAGUGAGGAAGAGUAAAUCCAUCCACAGAAACAGGAAAUACAUGAGUAGGAAGUGGUCAGAGAGUGAGGAGUGGGAAACAACAGAGAGUGGAAGGAGGCAGAGCUGGGAUGGAGGGAGUAGAGGCUGUCGGGAAAGUGGUAGGGAGAGAGGGAACAGAGAUUGGGGGAGUAGGAGGCAGGGUUGCGUAAGCAGGUUAUCCAGCCCUGGAGGAGUCAGUGGAGGAGGCUGGCAGGGGUAUCUCUCGACCCCCAGUCACAGAACUCUGGAGGGUUUCAGGGGAUGGAGGUCUAGUCCUGGGGAGGGAGAAGUCUGGAACAGAGGACCAGUAGACUCAAGCCCAGACAGAUGUACCUGGGGCAGCAGUGACAGUUGGGAGGACAGGGGGACAUACUGCAGGGAGAACAGAUACAGCUGGGAUGACAACUGGGAGAGACAGAGGUCCACUGAAGUUAGAGAGAGCUGGAGCAGGUGGGAGAAGGGAUCACGACCUAGCCCCAGCCGAAGACCUGAUAGUUUUAGCUGGGACUGGGCAACCAGAUGCCCUGACCAUAGACACAGCCGCAGUCCUGGUUCCCAGUCUGUUCCCAGUGUGCAGGUUACCAGAUGCCCCAUCUCCAGCCCCUGGCCUGAUUCUAGCCCUGACUGGCUGCCCCGACAGCCCAGCCCUGGCUUCUGUAGCAGCAGCACCAGUGUGUCAGACCUGAGUGGGGGAUGGAGUAGCUUUAGUACUCACUCAAGACUCAACCUGACUGGGAGAAAAACAACAGGGGUGCCCAGGCGAGCACCAUGUCCCUCACCCACCAAGGAGAAACACCAAGCCCCCAGCCUCAAACCUACUCCUCCUCGACCUCUGCCCAGCACUGAUACCACCCAUCCACAAGACAGGAGCCCCAACCCCACAGCACAGCCUACAUGUCUCUCAGACAGAGAGCCCAAAGCCCCCUCAAAGCCCAGAGACGGGAACCCCAGCAGAACUAUGCUACUGCCACUUAUCGGGAAACUACCAGCAAUUAGGAGAGGAACUAGGAGACGAGGGGCAGAAAGAGAGAGGGAGGGCCCUGACCAAACAGAGAAACAUGACCACAACCAAGACCAGGUCCAGACACAGGACAAGGACCACAACCAAGGGAAGGAGAGUAUGAAGAAUGGAGCGGUCCAAAGUGGUCGACUGUGCACUCAACCCCUCUUGUCUCCGAGCCCUGAGAAAACUGGAGAGGACACGUCCUGUCCUUCCCUGACAUCACAUCCUGCUGUGACCUCAUAUCCUGCCCUAACCUUACCUCACAGGGGUCAGUGGUCACAUGGCCCCUCCCCUCCUCUGGCUCAACAGCCAAUCAGCUUCAGCGCUGAAGAGAUGGGCAAGUAUCGCUGUCUGCAGGAGCAGGCACGAGAGCACAUGCAGAGACUGCUACAGGGGACAGAGACACACACACACCAUACCCCCUCUCCAGAGCCACACACACCCCCCACACUCACUCAUACACAUGUGGCACAGACUCAAGAGAAAAACACACACUCCACUUUCCUAAAUACUUCUCUAAAGCUAGACGCACAUCCCGUACAAACACAGCUCUUACACACACACUCUAACCCCAGGCUCCCCCCUCCUCAUCCUCCUGUCCCCAUACCGCAGCCUCUAAUGACCCACCCUCCUCCACCCACACAACAUCAUUACAUUCUACAACACACAGCAUUCAGUAUGGCACUCUCGUCACCCUCCUCUACCUCUUCCUCUCUCGCCCCCCACACCUCACCCCCUCAUCACCUAUCCAGGAGGUGUUUCAUAGUGUGUGAAGCGUAA